AUUAACGCGGAAAGGCCACAGACCUAUCCAGUUCCCACUCCGUAGGGAGGAGUUAACAUAAUUUACGCUUUCCGUGGGAGAGGACAGGGGGCGAAUAGGGAACUUAAAAGGGUUGUGCAACGUUUGCAUCAGGGAAUCGAUAGCCGGGAAUUGAAGGAGUAAAGAGAGCAGAGGAGGACAGUCAUUGUGGAUACUGCCGUGGUUCUGUUAAAAACAUUCCAGCAGCUCAAUCGUUCCAUUAUCGCGUGUUAGUUUUGCGUCUUCUGAAUGACACUAGCAGACAGGGGGUUAGCUCACAUGUUGCAUACGUCUUAUUAAUAUCAAACAAUGCGGUAGUGGUGAGAGCAGUGAAAAUAACAAAGAAAGAUAAUAUCUGUAGAGAAGAGGCAAUACUGUAGGUUACAGUUUUCUUUGUUGGGUUCCUCUGCAAAACUAAAGGCUUAAAGAUGUCUAAACCAAAUUACACAGGAACCUUUCACAUGGUGUCUCAAGAUAACUUCGAGAACUACCUCGCAGCUCUGGGUAAGAUUAUAGGAAUCGUAAUGUCUUUGUCUGUUACCACAUAUACUAGCUACAAAUGCGUCAUUGUUAAAAAGUGUCCAAUACGUGUAGUUUUUUUUAAUACAUGUAAUAUGACACGUGUUAAGAGCUUACUGUACCUCGGCAACUUGCCUCCUUUCAUUUUAAUUUAACACGAUUCAUUCAUUCUAUUUUACUGAACUUUAAAAUAUUUGUUUUCCUCUGCCUACUGCUUUGAGAUUCAUUUAAGGGGUAGUGACUCAUCCAAAGGCUUGCCACCCCCAUUCCCAGAACCAAGUGUGAUAGAUCAUCAUGGCGCCUUAGCCUGUAAAUGACCCUGGACACAGACAGGGGUGUGUGUGUCUGCGUGUGUGUCUCUGUGUGAUAUCUGGAGACAUUAACAGGAGAUGUAAAAGGACAGACACAGCUGUAGGUCAGAGAUGUUGCCCCAGAUACACUACCUCAUUACUAGAAUGGCAAGGUGUUAUGUUUGGUUGAUUAAUUCUCUCUCGCUCUCUCUCGCUCUCUCUCUCCAUUAGAUAUUAAUUUUGCCCUGCGGAAGAUAGUGUGUAUGUUGAAGCCCAGUAAACAGAUAGUCCACGACCCGGCCACAGGCAGUAUGAAGAUCCGCACACUCACCACCUUUAAGAACUUUGAUAUGGAUUUCAAACUGGGUCAGGUCUUCACUGAGGACCUGGGACCUGUGGAUGGACGAGUCUGUCAGGUGUGUGUGUUUACAGUUAUACAUGUAUGGGUGGGUGGGUGAUCUCUGUGUGUUCUUCAUCAUGUGCUGUUUGUAGAGACAGUGGCUAAAUGUAUUUUUAUGUUUGUCUGUUUAAUGGCUUGUUCAGACGUGUACAAAUUCUCUCUAAUUGGCUUCAUAUAGGUGUACUUGUCAUACUACUUUGCUUUAUUUGGGUGAAAAUAUACUUUUUGCCAGCUGUGUGUGUGGCUAUUUUGGCCUGUCUGUGAGAGAGUACCUCCUGUUGUUUUUCUGUCAUAAACACCCCCUGUUGCUUGUUUUCAGACCUGGCCAAACUGAGAGUGGUACAAGGCACUGAUUGUGUGUGGUUGUGUGCGCUUUGAUGUUUUUUGCAGACCACAGUGUGUGUUAAUCCUGUUUUUCUCUGUUUUUAGACCACAGUGGACUGGGAGGGUGAUAAGCUGGUGUGUGUUCAGAGAGGAGAAAAAGAGGGAAGAGGAUGGACACACUGGCUGGAGGGAGACAAGCUACACCUGGUGAGAAUGGAGGGAGGGAUGGAUUAACAGACAGGGAUAAAGACUGUGAGGGAAUAGGAAUAGAGCUGAACUCAAGGCCAGAGAAAGGGAGGAGAGCAGGAAAGAUUUGGGAGGAAAGGAGAUGCUGGAAUUGAUAUACCAUUUCGAAAGUGGGGGAUAUGCAAAUCAGAUUUGGUAAUGGAAGUUGUAUGCGUGCACGUGUCCGUGCGUGUGUUUGUGUGAGAACAAAUGAGAUCCUUCUAAAAAAGAGGGGGUGUAUGGCCCUCAAUCCUCCUUAUUUGUUGCCUGUACAUGGGAAAGAAAUGUGUGGGGCCCGAAGAAGGAGGAGAAAGAAACGGAGGAAAACACUGUUAAGAGUCUUCAGAGUGAAGGAAUGGGCAGGAACAGGAAGAAUAAGGAAAGGUUAUUGUUUGUUACCAUUUUAAUGAGCUAAAUACAGACUUCAACAAGACUCUCAUAGUGAAGGGAUUGAGAAGAGAAUCACAGUAUCUGUUUUAGCCUGCGCUUGAAAUUGACUUUAGUUGGGCAAUCUGUCUUUGCUUGUGAUUACAUGUAAAUGCUGAAUACAAUUUCAAACAAUAAGCAUUGUUUUAUUAAACAGCUCCCAAAUGCUUCUAAUAGAAAACAAUACCUCAUUGAUAUUUUGUUCAAAUCCGAAAGAGAAGUUUGGAAAUAAAUGCCACUGGGGAUCAGGCAGUAAAGGGUGGAUUUGGUGAGUAACACAAGAAGAGGGGGAGGGAGGUCGCGGGGGGGAGUGGGAUUGAGAGCAGGGAAGUACAUGUGUGGGGGGUGGAGGUAGGGGGAUGGAGAUGAGAUGGUGAAAAAGGAGGGGUGGGGGUUGGGGAGAUAGGAUUACGGAGUCCGGAGAGAAAAGAGCACAGCAUUUAUUUUAUGACUGAGUCCAUGGAUUAUCUUUCCCCACACACGCACUCACUCUCACACACACACUCUCACUCUCACACACACACUCCCACACUCACUCACUCACCCACACAAACUCCUCUCACUUUCUCCACCCUCUUCUCAACCCGUCCUUUUUUCACCCUCUCUAGGAGAUGAGAGUUGGAGAUGUAGUCGCCAGGCAACUCUUCAAGAAGGCCGACUGAAACCACUGGGAAGGAUCUUGUUCAUCAACUCAACGUUCAUGAUUCUCAUUAGAAAACAGUCUAGGACUUGGUAUAUAAGUGCCAUAGUUUUUUAAAUAUGAUCAUCAUUGUUUUAAAACCAUUACUUAAUGGACAAAAUUGAAGAUAUUUUUAAAUUAGUGUGCUAUUUCACUGUGGGAAAGAUUGUCAAUGGUCUAUUUUGAAUGUUGUCAUGGUACAGUGCAGGGUGAACUGUGUAAACAUUCCCAAUGUGUUUCCCCACUACGAUAGUUCACAAUGCCAUUGAAUGUUCCCUUUUGUGAUGUAUGUGGCUGUUCUGUGUUCAAAUAUACCACCUUUUACCUCCGAUUGGUUAGGAAUUGAUUGCUUACCCUUGGUCUGUGCCUAAAGGGAUGCGUUUACACAGGCAGCCCAAUUCUGAUCUUUUUUUAAACUAAUUGGUCUUUUGAACAAUCAGAUCAGCACCAAAAAAGAUCUGAUGUGGAAAGAUCUGAUAUGAUUGGUCAAAAGACCAAUUAGUU